UGCAAGUCCAGGGUGGACAAAUCUAGACUGUGCGAUGGAUACUUCGAUUGCCCUUUUGGUGAAGAUGAGAUGGGAUGCUACGGUUGUAGUGAAAACGCAUUCAGCUGUGAGGACUUGGAUAUCAACUCGAAGAGCAGCUGUUUCUCAAAAGAACAAAGGUGUAAUAACAUAAUGGACUGUCCGAACAAUAGAGACGAGAUCGAUUGUAACAUGCUUUCGCCGAGCCUUCACAAUAAUCCCUUGUUCGCCACUUCAAACACUGAAGGAUUUUUGCAACGGAACUUCAAAGGGGAGUGGUAUGCUGUGUGUAAAAAUCCUUACAUGUGGGCGCACGACACCUGCCGAAGAGAAACCGGACUCAUAAUAAGGCCGCCAUACAUUCAAGUGCUGCCAGUCGAUCCAUUAUUGAGGCUCGGGUACUUGAACACGGGGCCAGAAGGAAUGAUCCACACCAGUAACACCUGCUUUAACUCUUCAGCAAUAUACGUCACGUGUCCUGAAUUACUUUGUGGUACAAGAAUUUCAUCGACUUCGCAAUUAAUGAAAGAGAAUUCUGCGAUCGAGAACCAUCUUUUCGGAAGAAACAAGCGCUUCCUUUUGAAUGGCCGUCCAUACCCGAUGUCUUUUUAUGAUCCACUAAAGAGGAAUGUUAGAAAUAAUGUAUUAAUUAACGAACAAAAAGAAAGCAAGAAAGUGAUGAGUAAAACGAAAAGGGCACAGGCUAGGGUUGUGGGCGGAAGACCUAGUAAGCCAGCUGCUUGGCCCUGGAUGGCAGCGCUGUAUAGAAAUGGCAUGUUCCAUUGUGGUGGGGUCAUCGUUACUCAGCAUUGGGUACUGUCAGCUGCUCAUUGCGUACACGAGUUUUGGAGUCAUUAUUAUGAAGUGCAAGUUGGCAUGCUGCGUCGAUUCUCAUUCUCGCCACAAGAGCAGAAUCACCGCAUUACUCAUGUUAUAGUGAACCAGAAUUAUGAUCAAGCGGACAUGAAGAAUGAUCUAUCUCUUCUAAGAGUGAAGUCGUCAAUUCAGUUUAGCAGAUGGGUCCGGCCAAUUUGUUUGCCUGGCCCCAACACUGCUGGACCUGAGUGGCGAUGGGGUCCCGCCCCUGGUACUGUCUGCACAGCUGUUGGAUGGGGAGCCACUGUAGAGCAUGGUCCAGAUCCGGAUCAUAUGCGAGAAGUUGAGCUGCCUAUUUGGGCAAAAUGCAAACAUUCAGAAGAUCGAGAUGGUAAAGAAAUAUGUGCUGGCCUCGUUGAAGGUGGAAAAGAUGCUUGCCAGGGUGACAGCGGGGGCCCACUUGUCUGCAGAAGCCCUUUGAAUUCUCAACAAUGGUAUGUGGCUGGUAUCGUAAGUCACGGAGACGGGUGCGCCCGCAAAGGUGAACCCGGAGUUUACACGAGAGUUAGUCUCUUUGUAAAAUGGAUCAGAUAUCACAUCGGUUCAAAAAUAUUACCAACAAUUCAGCCACAGCAAAAGUGCCCAGGAUUUAAAUGUACCUCGGGACUAUCUAAAUGCCUACCGGACAAAAGAGUGUGUGACAAAAUUGUAGACUGUCUGGACGGAGAAGAUGAAAUGAACUGCAACUCUAUGCGUUCAUUUGACAACAUAUUUUUAGCUCGAACUUCAUCAGACAAUACUAACGCUAAUCCUUCUACUGCUCGCGAAUCAAAUAAUAACGAUUCGGUUAAAAAAUUCCAAUCUUCGGAAUCAAGUGAUAAAGAACAAUGGUUAGGAAAUGAAGAAACAGCCAAAAAACAGCUAAAUGAUGACAUGUUACACGCUUCUACGAUUGAAAUAUCAAUACCAAAUAGCUCUGAACACAUGCGAGAUAACUCAGAACAAGAUAUUGAUCCACCGUCAUUUGGCAGAGAAAGUGAUUUUAUCGCUGUAAGUUCUCAGAACUCUCAUCCAUUAGAAUCAAGAUCUUCAUUACUAGAAAAGGAAAAUAUUAAUGAUGAUGAAGCAAUCAAUAUGCAAUCAAGAGCAUCUGAUAUUCAAGAAGACUGGGCUACCACCCCGCCAUCAGAAUCUUCCACUAUAAUGUCAAGUAUGAGUGUCAAAACAAACAGUCCGAUUACUGAACAAACUACGUCAACGAUGCCGAUAACUACUCCUUUGCCUGUACUGUCAACCACUUCAUCUAUGUUAGAAACUACAUCAAUCCUUGAUGCAGAGCAAUCAAAGCGCAAAAUCAAUAAUCGCGAAGAUGAUGAAUCAGAAUCUAAAUCUUUAUUGGUAGAACUAUUACCUCACUCAGAAAAUGUAGAUGACGAGAGUGAAAAGAUUACUGGUGAGAGCAAUGUUAUAGAAAAAAAAGAAAUUUCACCGUCAGCCAAAAUAAUUGACGAUUUUUCAAGCAAAAAGAUUAGUACCUUUGAUGAUAAACUUGAUAUUAUUCAUAAAAUAGAAGAUUUAGUGUUAUCUGAACUCCAACCGGCAAAGAUAAGAAAAAAACAUCUAACACCUAAAGAAUUUGAAUGCAGACGAAUAUAUCAAACAAUUCCAUACAGUCAUCGAUGCGACCACAAAGCGGAUUGCGAAGACGGCACUGAUGAAUUAAGUUGCACAUGUGCAGAUUACUUGCAUGCUUUUGAUGACACUCUCCUCUGUGAUGGAAUAUUUGACUGCGCAGACGGUCAGGAUGAGGCAGACUGCUUCAGCUGUCCAGAAGAUCGUUUCCUUUGUAGAAAGAGUCAGAUUUGUCUACCGAUGAAACACGUGUGUGACGGUAAACCACAGUGUCCUCAAGGCGAGGAUGAAGUAGAUUGCUUUGCUUUAUCAAAUGGAAAAGAAUUAAAAUAUGAUAUAGACGAAAGGCCUAAAACUCGUUUGGAAGGUUAUUUGACGAAAAAACAAAAAAAUAAAUGGCAAAUCAUUUGUGAAGAUAACUUGUCAACAGAGCAACAGGAAUUAGCUGCGGCUCAUAUUUGUCACUAUCUAGGCUUUAGCUCUGCAAACAGAUAUUUAUUGAAGCACUUGAAUAUCGACGAAAGUAUAUUGAAAUCAAACGAAUUCAGAAAAAGGAGAGACACCAGUAAUAGCGCUCCAGUUCAUUUCACAUAUAGAGAAUCAAGUAGUUCUGAAGAUAACGCUAGACACAUUGUCAUCAAAGAACCACAACUGCUGAAAGAGAAAUGCCUCCCAAAUAUCAAGAAAACAUGCAUGUCUUUAUACGUAUACUGUGAUCACAGCUUGUUUACUGAUUUCGAUUUCUCUCCAAAUCUAUUGUACAGCCGAGCAGUAGAAACUACCACUAACGAAAUGUGGCCGUGGGUAGCCAAAGUUUAUGUCGAGGGUAACUAUAAGUGCACAGGUGUUCUGGUAGAUCUUCAACUGGUUUUGGUCAGCCAUUCGUGCUUGUGGGAUUCAUCUAUGAGUCGCCAUCACAUAACAGUAGUGCUCGGUUCACACAGAACCCUAAAUGCUACUCAUGGACCAUACGAACAAAUCUUGCCUGUAGAUGGAAAGAGGGAUAUGUAUCGCAGCAACGUUGCCUUGUUACAUCUAAAGGAACCUGCCCAAUAUUCAACAAUGGUUAAACCUAUGGUAGUCCAAUCAACAGUAAUGCCUGAAAAUCGAAACAGUACCUGUGUAGCUGUGGGACAAGAUGGCAAGAAUAAAACGAUUAGUGUCUUUGUCGAGGAGACAAGAGAAAAUUGUCAUCACCACAACAAAUGUUUCAAGUUACGUUCAAAAUCUAAAUCGCUCUGCCUGCCAGGAAUGGUGUCCAGUCAACAAUGGGCUGGUAUCAUCAGUUGCCACAGUGAGCGAGGGUGGUACCCAGCCGCAACGUUUGUCGAUAUCCGUGGAGAAUGUGGACUCCAAGAUCGGAUAAUUGGAACUGGUAUUGAGGACCUGAAAAUAGAAAUUCAAAAUGCUGGUAUAAACGGUGCACUCAUAAAAAAACAAGAUUUGGCCGAUAAAUGCCAUGGUAUACGGUGUGGGCGAGGCAAAUGUAUAGAUUUGCUUCACGUCUGUAACGGCGUCAGGGACUGCGAAGAUGGAGGAGAUGAGUCAGAAGAAUCCUGUAAAACUAAGCAUCUAUUUUGCGAAAAAGAUCCUUAUGAUAAAAAUUGUGAAUGCUCCACGGGUCAGUUCAGGUGUCAUAAUGGUGUCUGCAUAUCCAAAGAGCAGUUCAACGACGGCAAAGAUGAUUGUGGAGAUGGCACUGACGAGCCAGAACAGCUUUCUUGCGCCAAGUACUUGGCCAGAGUCAUGCCUUCCAGGCUCUGCGAUGGGGUCAUCCACUGCAAGGAUAGGAGUGAUGAAGAUCCUAUGUUCUGCAAGUGCUUUGCUAAGCACACAUACCAAUGCGGCAGAACAGCUGAUGUGGAACAUUGUGUUGCCCCAGACGUUGUAUGUGAUGGUAUCAACGAUUGCCCCAAUGGCGAGGACGAAAGUACUUGCGUUGGUCUAUAUGCCCCACAAGGCACGGGGUAUGGAAAAGGACAAGUAAUAGUGCGCUCCCAUGGCGUGUGGCAUACGAAAUGCUACCCUAACAAGAAGCAUUCGAAAUCAGAGCUCGAAGCGAUUUGCAGGGAAUUGGGCUUCAUUAGCGGUCAUGCGAAGGAACUUGAGAUAUCUAAUAAAUUUAAACCGCACCCCUAUAACAACGUACUGGUGGAUCCAUUUAGCGACGUAUUGCUCAAUAACAGAACCCAAGUGAAACUUAGAAACAGCCACGCUCCUUUAGCUAGAGCUAUAUUCGACGAUCAAUUGAAUAAUUGUCACCCAGUUUUUAUUGAAUGCAUGUAGUUUUUUAUUUGUUUUAUUUAUUGGUAAUAUAUUUUGUAUUUAACUGA